CUCAGUCUUCUGUGCCUUCUCAGGCAUCUCGUAAAUUUCAAAAACAGCCUCCCGAGGCCGAACUCCCUCGAAGACUUCUUAGUUCUGCUUCUCAGUCCAAUUCACUUAAUGCUCCUGCCCUUCCUCGUCCACUUCCGCCCUCUAAUCCGUUCGAAAAUACAUCGGUACUCAAAGCGUCCGAUACACAAAUGAAAAAGUCUACUAAAGUAGUGCAAACCGCGCCUAAAGUCCUCAGUAAAUCGACACUUGCUCCCAAAGCACCAACAGCAAAAACACUCUCAUCGGCAAUACCUUCUACUGUAUUCUCUCGUGAUGCAAAUGUCUCUCGUCCUCAUUCUAACUCUGACACCGCAACGUCUUCUGCAGUUCCAACUGGACCCUCGACCAAAAAACGUCCUGCUCCGAAAGACGCUGAGCAGAAGAAGAAGAAACAGAAGCUAACUCCGAAACCGAUACCUUUCUUACUCCCUUCCAAAGCACCGAUGACAGGGUCCUCUUCAGCGCUCUCCGAGGAGAACGCCCGAAACCCUAUACCGCAACCAGAUUCUGGUCGAAAAGUUGUAACCCUGACGGGCACUGGGAAGCGCUUCACUCCUCUCAUCGUCAAGAAGCCCGUCGCCGCUCCAUCGGUACACUCGAACAACGUUGCAACUACUUCUACCUUGCUGUCGCCCUCAUACCUCGAUUUUCCUGAUUUUCCGCCCAUCUCACUAAACAACAUCACUUUGCCACCUUCUAUGGCUCAACGCAGGCUUGUAACUCGCAUCGCCAUUAUACUGAGUCAGGUUUACGAGGAAGAUUUAAAGCAAUGUGUUUUAGUCUCACGAAUGUUCCGAUAUGCCGCCAAAAAAUAUUGCAAAAAUUCCCUGGACUGCCGAUUUGCGCUUCUCCUUCAAGCCUAUCCUCAGAAUAUGACUAACAUGUGGCCAUACCUGCGACAGCGAAACCAAGAAUGUAUCUUGCGUCGUUUCCUCCCUCGGGUAUUCAAGCGUAACAAAACAAUUAUAUCGCCCCAAUUGUGGACUAGUCCUGACCAUGAACAUCAGGCUACGAUAGCCGUUCGGUUCCUAUUGACACGGCUUUUUUUCAGUGUGUCUGUAGGCGACGAUAGCCAGGGCGCUCAUAAAUGGAUGUCUGGAACGGUGGUCGAUGCCCAAGAAGUUAUCAAAGGCGAGAUCUGGUGCAUCACCAUGCAACAUCGCAACGCCAGAGAAUCCUUCUACGUCCUGGAGCCGACUUGCGAAGUCGUUGGCCAUCCUCCCGCGGCUGAGAAGAACCAGCUUGACUCGCUCCCAAUUCGCGCGGACUGGUCAGCUUAUAUAGAGCAUAGGAUUCUACCGCCUUCGGUGCAUGAGACAUCUCCACCGACGUUGAUGGAGCAUGUUUGCUGGACUAGCCAUGAGGAGUAUGAGCGGGGAAUCAGCCGGCAUUGGUUGAAGAGGAUGCGACGCGAAGGCAAGAUCGGUGCUGUGCUUGAGGUCAUUGCGGGGAGGUAUAUCCUCGCUUGUGUCGUUGGUAACAGGCUCGUGCGUGUCAGUGGUCGGUGGAAAUCUUCGACAGAGAUGGCCCAGGAUUUUUCAGGCCUGGCAUCAACUUCGUUGAGUACGAAGCUGAAGAAUCAGCGUGUGAAUCUUUUUCUGCCUGCACAUCAUCAUGUGGAAAGCGUGCAUCUCAAGACCUCGAAGGGUGGACUGCUUCAUCCUGCGUUGGCAGUGGUGCAGACACCCGGUAGGGAGUAUUUUAUUCUAAGGGACAAUGGCAUGCAGGUUGGAUGUGAGGAAGAGGGGGUUGCUGAGGUGUGGAUGCAGCUGUUGGGUUGUUCCAAUGAUGGACAGGCUUGCUGAUAUUAAACUGCCAAUAUUCGAAUGU